UUUGAACUAGCCCGGCGUUUUGCUUAUUUGGGAUACGAGAAUAUGCAUUUCGUGUGGGACAAGGCGCAUUCCCCGGCAUUUCGGAUUUUUAUCUUUUCUGCUCUUCUGUUGUCUGUCGUUUCGUUGAACUUUUGCUCAUACUUUUCAUACUGCCAGAUCCAGGAGUAUCAUCCAUUUCAAUCUUAAUUGCAACAUGAGAAAAUGCCAGCAAUAUGGCUUCCUCCUGCUUACCCUACUCACCCUCUUCUCCCUAGCAAGCGCUCUCUGCUACUACCCCGACAACCGCAGCCAAACCAGCAAUGAAUACAAAGAAUGCUCCUAACGUGAUCGGACACCGAGCGGGACACGAAUUCAUGCCUACUACACGUUCCAUUAAUUAAACCCCCCAAAAGCCACCCAUAAUGGCAGAUUCAUCUGUUCAAAAAGAAGGCAGAAUACUGCUUGCAAUGAAGGCUUUUAAACUAGGCCGUCUUAAAAGCAUACGAGCAGCAGCAGCAUAUAAUGUGUCUUUAACCACGUUAUCUUCCCGACUAAAUGGACGCGCCGCCCGUGUUGAUUCGGCUCCAAACGGCCGAAAACUCACCAAUACUGAAUAAUCUACACUUCUUGAAUGAAUAUCAGCUGCAAAUAGUCGUGGCGUACUUCCGAGGAUUUAUAUCAUACAGGAUAUGGCUGCCCUGCUUUUAUCAAGCCGCCUCAAGUUAGCUCCACCAAUUGGUGAGAAAUGGGUGCAGCGGUUCAUUGACCAUCAUGAAGAAAGUAAGUCAAAUACAGCCGCAGAUAUGAUUAUCAACGUGCUCUUUGUGAAGAUCCAAAGAUAAUAAAGGAUUUGUUUCAGCUAGUUCAGAAUACUAUUGCCAAAUAUGGUAUUAAUGAGCAGGAUAUCUAUAACUUUGAUGAGAUUUGUUUCUCCAUGGGAAUGACAUCUACUGCAAAAGUA